AUGAAAGAUCAUGAAAGGCAACAAAAUUGCGAAACUGAUGAUAAACUUCGUAUUUUAGACAAUUUUGUUAUUAAAUGUCAAGUCCACAAAAAUAUAACCGAUAUUUUGGAAAAUAUGAAAUUCAAAGCUGUUCUGGAGCUCAAUAUAUCCGGUAUAUUAUACGCGGAUAAGUUUUAUAAUUCUACGGAUGAUAAUCCUAAAGUUGAUGAAGGAGGAUCAAAUAAAGACGAUGUGGAAACUUCAAUUGCUAAAGAAAUUGCCCAAAUGAAACAACCUCAUAAAUCGUGUCGUUUUGCAUCAAUACAAACUGGAGCUAAUUGCGGUACUUAUUGA